AUGGAUCUCACAUCUUCCUCUUACAUGGCGAGUUUGAGCCCUACUCCAUCAUCGCUCAUCCAUUCUUCGGCCUCGCUUCCCGCCGCCUUUUCCUCACCACAAAAUUCCACAACUCUCUUUGGAAUCUCCAGUUUUCUAAAACUUGUCUCUUCUCGAUACGAAGUAUAUAAACUCCAAAAGAAGGUUUCACGUUUGAGGUUUGAGACUAUGAAUGACCGUAUGGAACAACUGAGGAAUAAUGAGCUUAAACUUAGAACAACGCUCUUCGAGGACCAUUUUCAGCAAGAUGCAUCAGAGCUAGUGCAGAUACGGGAUCUUCAAAAUUCAACCAUUGUUUUUGACCGAGAAGCUAUGAAUCAUUUUGCGGUGGACUUUGCGGCGGCCCAAAGAGAAGCUUAUGAAGUUUCACGAUGA